AUCGAAAGACUGACCACCACUAGCGGCUACUGCAAAAAAAACAGCGGAAUUUCGUGGAUCUGAGUGAAAAUUGUAUAAAUCUAUUAAUUCCGCGGAAGAAGAGACAGCUAAGGCCCCAGAAUGCCGCGAAUAAUGAUCAAGGGCGGCGUGUGGCGCAACACGGAGGAUGAGAUCCUCAAGGCGGCGGUGAUGAAGUACGGCAAGAACCAGUGGAGUCGCAUUGCCUCCCUGCUGCACAGGAAGUCGGCCAAGCAGUGCAAGGCGCGUUGGUACGAGUGGCUGGACCCCAGCAUCAAGAAGACCGAGUGGUCCCGCGAGGAGGACGAGAAGCUGCUCCACCUGGCCAAGCUGAUGCCCACGCAGUGGCGCACCAUAGCCCCGAUCAUCGGGAGAACGGCAGCGCAGUGCCUGGAGCGCUACGAGUACUUGCUCGAUCAGGCUCAACGCAAAGAGGAUGGCGAGGACACCAUGGACGACCCGCGCAAGCUGAAGCCCGGCGAGAUCGACCCCAAUCCGGAGACCAAGCCAGCGCGGCCCGAUCCCAAGGACAUGGACGAGGACGAGCUGGAGAUGCUGUCCGAGGCUCGAGCCCGCUUGGCCAACACGCAGGGCAAGAAGGCCAAGCGCAAGGCGCGCGAGAAGCAGCUGGAGGAGGCCCGUCGCCUGGCCACGCUCCAGAAGCGCCGGGAACUCCGUGCCGCCGGCAUUGGCAGCGGGAAUCGCAAGCGCAUCAAGGGCAUCGACUACAACGCAGAGAUUCCCUUCGAGAAGCGACCCGCCCUCGGGUUCUACGACACGGCCGAGGAGCAUCUGCAGAAGAACGAGCCGGACUUCAACAAGAUGCGUCAGCAGGACCUGGAUGGAGAACUCCGCUCAGAGAAGGAGGAGCGCGAACGCAAGCGGGACAAGCAGAAGCUGAAGCAGCGCAAGGAGAACGAGGUGCCCACCGCCAUGCUGCAGAACAUGGAGCCGGAGCGUAAGCGCUCCAAGCUGGUGCUGCCCACGCCGCAGAUCUCCGACAUGGAGCUGCAGCAGGUGGUCAAGCUGGGACGCGCCAGCGAGAUGGCCAAGGAGAUAGCCGGUGAGAGCGGCAUAGAGACGACUGACGCUCUACUGGCUGAUUACUCCAUCACGCCCCAGGUGGCGGCCACUCCGCGCACACCUGCUCCAUACACCGACCGCAUCAUGCAGGAGGCCCAGAACAUGAUGGCCCUCACCCACACGGAGACGCCCCUCAAGGGCGGCCUGAACACGCCGCUGCACGAGUCCGACUUCUCGGGCGUGCUGCCCAAGGCGGCCUCCAUCGCCACGCCCAACACGGUGAUUGCCACGCCCUUUAGGACUCAACGCGAGGGCGGCGCAGCCACUCCGGGAGGAUUCCUAACACCCUCUUCCGGCGCCCUGGUUCCGGUGAAGGGGGCUGCUGGAGCUACUGGAGCCGUGAACACGCCUGCUUAUGUGCGGGACAAGCUCAGCAUCAAUCCCGAGGAGAGCAUGGGCGUCACCGAGACCCCGGCUCUCUACAAGAACUACCAGAAGCAACUGAAGUCCACUCUGCGCGAGGGUUUAUCCACACUGCCCGCUCCCCGAAACGACUAUGAGAUCGUGGUGCCCGAGCAGGAGGACAGCGAGCCCGCGGAGACCAGUUCGGAGCCCGCCGUCGAGGAUCAGGCGGAUGUGGACGCCCGUCUGCUGGCCGAACAAGAGGCAAGGCGCAAGCGGGAGCUCGAGAAGCGUUCCCAGGUGAUCCAGCGCAGCCUGCCACGGCCCACAGAAGUGAACACCAAGAUUCUGCGGCCGCAAUCCGAGAAGCAGAACCUCACGGAGCAGCAGCAGGCCGAGGAGCUGAUUAAGCACGAGAUGAUCACCAUGCAGUUAUACGACUCCGUGAAAGAUCCCGUGCCGGGACAGUCGCAGCACAAGCUGGAACAGCUGCAGAGCUACUUUAAGGCCAAUCCCUACGAGGACAUCUCGCAGCAGGAGCUGGCCAAGGCCAAGCAGAUGCUCAACGAGGAAAUGGAGGUGGUCAAGGAGCGCAUGUCGCACGGCGAACUGCCGCUGGACGUGUACGCCCAGGUGUGGCAGGAGUGUCUCGGCCAGGUGCUCUACCUGCCCUCCCAGCAUCGCUACACCCGCGCCAACCUGGCCAGCAAGAAGGAUCGACUGGAGUCGGCCGAGAAGCGACUGGAGACCAACCGCCGCCACAUGGCCAAGGAGGCCAAGCGGUGCGGUAAGAUCGAGAAGAAGCUGAAGAUCCUUACCGGCGGCUACCAGGCGCGCGCCCAAGUGCUGAUCAAGCAGCUCCAGGACACCUACGGCCAGAUCGAGCAGAACUCGGUCUCACUGUCCACAUUCCGAUUCCUGGGCGAGCAGGAGGCCAUCGCGGUGCCGCGUCGCCUGGAAUCGCUGCAGGAGGACGUGCGCCGCCAGAUGGACCGCGAGAAGGAGCUGCAGCAGAAGUACGCCAGCUUGGUGGAGGAGCGCGAGUCGCUCUACUCGCAAAUCGAGCACAUAACAGGCGUGCGGCCCACGGCCCAGCAACUGCUGCCCGAACAGGAAGCCUAGUCGGAGCGUUGGGCACCCAAGUCAACUUUAAUUUAGCUACAACCAAUCACGUAAUCACACAACUAUAUCGCCACAGUCCCCAUCCCCAACUACGCCCUUCGCUAGUGGCCGUACUUCUGGUAGACCCACUCCUUGUUGUCCAGCGGACAGACGAGCCGCGUCUUCAGCCAGCGCGCGAUGCAGUGGUAGUGGAAGGCGUGGUUGCACUCGCCCCAGGCCACCGUGCACUCGUCCUGGUUGGCAUUCGGAUCCGCCUGGCACUCGAUGCACAGGUUCAUGAUGUGGUUGCGGCAGAUGGCGCAGUUGUCCACUGCCACGUCCCAGGACCACAAGGCGUGUGCCACCCACUUCUUCACCACAAAGCGCUCCUCCCUGGCCUGGCCGCUUCCACUUGCUCCUGUCCCUGCUCCUGCUCCCCCGCUACCGGAUGCCUCGUCGUCGUUGAACUCCAGGUCGUGGAAGUCCUCCGUCUCCUCAACUUCCAUUUCCUCGGCCAUGCUGCGAAGGUUUCAGAUUUUUUCUCCUCUCUCAAAAAACGUGUACCGCUGCGAAGUCUAAUUUGAUUCAAACUAUUGUAAACCCGAUGUCUAUUCCUUGGCCUGACGUUAUUUCAAAAGAGUGACCAUUUGAGAUCUAACCGAAAACAGGCAGUGACAACUUGUAAACGAAUACUUAAAGCCAUCAAGGUCGUGAAGCUCAUACAAAAAUGUUAAUAAAAAUAAGGACAAGAAAAACUCA